GAGGGGAGGGAGGGCAAGGCUUUGAACGGGAGGCAUAGAGAGAGAAAGAGGCUGAGGGCGCGUUGAAAACCCACUGCUGGUUCAUUGUUCCGCUUCUCUCGAAAGGCUUUGCUUGCGCUCGAACUGGGCCGUUCCGAGCCGACAGGAUGAACCACAGCUCGUCCGAACCGGAUGCGGAGACCGCCGAGCCGCUGCGCUACCUCAGUAAGGAUGAGGUGGCUGCCAUCGAAUCAGAGCUUCUGAAGGACUAUCGAUUUGGACGACAGCAGCUCAUCGAGAUCUGGGGUCACGCUUGUGCCGUCGCCGUUACCAAGGCUUUCCCUCUGGGCUCCCUGAAUAAGAAGCAGCCCACUGUGCUGGUGGUUUGUGGGCCCAAUCAGAACGGCUCCAUUGGCUUGGUGUGCGCGCGCCACCUGCGCAUAUUUGAGUAUGAACCCACCAUCUUCUACCCGAAGCGCUCCACUGAAAGCCUCCAUCAGGAUUUCAUCGUGCAAUGUGAGAAGAUGGACAUCCCUUUCCUCUCCUACCUUCCCACAGAGGUACAGCUGAUAAAUGACGCCUACAAUCUGGUGAUUGACGCCAUUCUGGGGCCGGAUGCGGAUCACACUGAUGUGAAGGAACCAUAUGCUAACAUCCUGGUCACACUCAAGCAGAUAAAGAUCCCCAUGGCCAGCGUGGAUGUGCCCUCAGGUUGGGACAUGGAUGAGGCCAACACAGAUGGAAUCAACCCAGAGGUGCUCAUAUCCCUCACAGCGCCAAAGAAGUGCGCGGCCAGGUUCUCCGGCAAACACUUCCUGGCUGGUCGCUUCCUUCCCUAUGACAUCCAAAAGAAAUAUGAGCUCAAUCUGCCAGAAUUUCCUGGCACAGAUUGCCUUAUAGAACUGUAACACAUAUAUUCAUGGCAUUAUUUUCCACAAGAAAUAUAAUAUAUACAGCCCUUUUUCUAUUUUAUAGUUUGUUACUGUGCUAUAUUACUCCUGUGCUAUAAUGGGCAUGGAAUAUAUUUGCCUGAAUUUCUUUUGCUUCUAAAAACAGGAAGAAACUAUUUAGUACUUGUGGGUGGUCUGAGCUGUAUCAAAUUAGUAAAUGGUACGAGGAAAAGAAUAUUCUCACUAAUUCAUGUCAGCUGUGGCUAAUUUCUUAUUUAUUUUUUGCAGAUGAAAAACAUUAAUUUUAGUAGCAAUAUGUAUGUAACAAUUUCAUGCAUAGGUACUUUACAUUAAUCACAUUUUUUAGCAGAAUUAAUUUAUUGUUAUCAUGAUUCCUACUUGAGAUAGAUAUACAUUACAGUAUAUCGUAUGUUUGGCAUCUGCCAAAUGAAUAAAAUGUAAAGUAAUGCUUCACUGAUCGUAACUGACGUCUUUGUUAUCGACUUAAUUUUUUGGUCAUUUUUAUUAUUGUUAUUAUUAUUGCUUUUUUUUUUUUUUUUUUACGAAUUAAUUCCUCUGUGAAUCCAAUGAAGUAGUGUUUUGGUGCUGAAUGGCUGUAGGGUUCUUAGCUCAAUAAAAGGUCUCUUAAAAAAGCUGUCGUGCCCUCUUUUCUCUGUAUGGUAGUCAAUG